GAGCUGCUCACUGCUCACCGGUAACAGAGCCUUGCCCCAACCCACACCAAGAAAAGUGUGGAGUGGAAAAUAAGAAAAUAAGAGCAGCCACAGCACAGCAACAAGAAGACGCAAUCAAGUGAAUAGUGGCGAAAGGACCAGAAACCAUUGCAGUGCAGUAAAGCAGCAACAGACUCAGGCUUUCAGUCCAACAGAGCUCCCCCAAGCUUAGCUUCCACAUUCCACAGUCCAUAUCCUCUUCUUGCGCGCAAUUAAUUACAAAGCCAGCAGUAAUGCGUUCCAAUAUCCGAGAUCCAAGCGGUAUGAUACCGAUCAGUGUGGCUUCCGAUCACACACCCAGAAGUGAAGAUGCCGAUAGCUUUGCUUUCGACGGCAAUGCAUCCAAUUCUUCUUUCUUUAUGACUGUUGCAGAGGAAGGCUCCAUAUCGCCACUGGGAGCAAGCGAGUUGGUCGGUCAAUCGUUUAGGAGGAGAAACAUAGACAUCCAUGACGCUGUUGGAAUGGGGUUAUUAGAAGAUGAUUCCAGCACUACAAAUCAAGGCAACGACGAGGUCGCUCUCCGCUCAUGUCUAUCCAGUAGUAGGAGAAGAAAGCCACACGCGGCAGUUGGGAUGGGUUUAAUGGAAGAUGAGUCCCUCACGGAACGAGGUGACGACGAGUUCCUUCGGCCGUCUCUUGAACGAACCGGCAGACGAAGGGUCCUCUUUCUCUUGGACGACGACGAUGAUGAUGAUCAGGACCUGGAUCGAAGCCGUGUGAGCGUGAAAGGUAGACCAUUGACUGGAGCCGAUUUUGACAUGAUGAAAAGCAAGCUACAGGAAGAAGACGACGACGGAAGUGACGAAUCGAGCAGUUUCCAUUCUGGCAGCCUCGAUUUUAGGACGAUGUUGGACUACAAAGACAGAGACGGGAGUGACAGCGAGUACGGCGAUGACCCCAGUGUUAUUGAAGCAGCAGAGUUAAGAGAGCAACAGGUUCGCAGGAGCCUCGCUUUUGCUACCUUCGCCGCUGCGUUGACGAUGCUCGUUUCCAAGGGCAUUUCUUGCCUCAUGCGAUAUGCUUCUAGAAACAGCCCGGAGCAAGAUAUUGUCGAGGAGGCCGCAGAAGAUCUGACCAACAGUACCCACUUUUCGACAAGUACCACCAACCUAGGCGCCAUGGGAGGCGUUAACCCGUCAGGAGCAGCACAGUCGCAAGCAACACAAGCCAUGGCAACACAAGCUGCUCAAAACGCCGCGGGUGCUGCAGCCUCUGGCUCGUCAUCAGCCGCAUCAGGUGCCGCAGGUUUUUCGACUGGUAUUCUGAACGCAAUCGCCGCGUCGUCGCAAGCUUCUCAGCUUGGUAUGGUGAUGGGCAUAGCUGCGGUCGCGGCAACUGCCACGACGGCUGUGAUCAACGGGGGCUUCACAAAGGAAGCGAUGACAGAAGAAAUGUCAAACUUGAACGCGCCGUGGGUCCCUGAUCCCCUUGGUGUUGUCUACUGUGGUAACGAGGACGCCACGGACUUGCGUGGUAGCGUUGACAUCAUGAUACAAUACGCCACUCCGGAAGAAAUAGCAGCAAAGAAGGGCGAAUUGGAAGAACUCUUUAUGGAUGCUUACAAUAACGUUUCCGGAAUGUGCAACGGCUUGUUCGAUCGAGUCCUAGUGAGUGCCUCCCUCGAGGCAUUUCAGGACGUGAGCGCCAGUUUGAACGAUACGGUGCUGGUGCUCACCAAAUGGACAGCUGUUGUAAACUGUGAUGGUUGUCCUGAAGAUGAGCCGCUAUUUUCCACCACCAACAAAACCUCGUCGCAAAACGGCACGGCUCAUGACACUUCUUUGGCGGCGUCAAGCAGUAACGGGAGACGGCAAUUGGCGAGUAAUCCCGAUGUUGAAGCGGACACCCAGCCAUACAACGUUGACGAUAUGCAGGAUCUCUUCGAUCAGUUCUGGAUCUACUUUGCCAGAGAGUCCCCGCUUAUCCUGGGGGAGAAUGCGCUGCUGUUAAAAGAGAGCCGGGUUGUACUGAUGAGGUUGACUGGCGACGAUGGACAGCUCAUUGAUGAGAUCAAAAGCCCCGACUUUCGUGCCGCGCCUCUCAUCGACACGUCCACCCCAAGUGCUCUUCCUUCUGCGUCGCCGAGUGCUCUUCCAUCUGCGUCUCCCAGCGCAAUGCCGUCUGCGUCGCCCAGUGCUCUUCCAUCUGCGUCGCCCAGUGCAAUGCCGUCUGCGUCGCCCAGCGCAACGCCGUCUGCAUCGCCCAGUGCAACGCCGUCUGCACAACCCAGUGCAACGUCGGAUUCACCAAGUGCGUUUUCGACGACCAGCGUGGUCACUGUGGCUCCUUCUGAUCCUUCGUUUCGUGUUUCGGACGGAUUUGUGUUAGCCCCAUUCGCAACUGUGGCUCCUUCUGAUCCUUCGUUUCGUGUUUCGGAUGGAUUUGUGUUAGCCCCAUUCGAAACUGUUGAACCAACCAGUAUGCCUUCGCCCAAACCAACAAAACCCCCCAACCCCCCUUCAACGUUGCCCCCAACACAGUCGCUUCCUCGUACUGAGAGCCUUCCAACUGAUGAACCGACUCCAUUGCCAACUGAUGAACCGACUCCGGAGCCAACAUCUGAACCAACAACCGAGCCGCCAACAUCGGAACCAACAUCCGAGCCGCCAACAUCGGAACCAACAUCCGAGCCGCCAACAUCGGAACCAACACCGGAGCCAACCGAUGAACCAACACUUCCACCAACGGAGCUUCCUAGUGGACGUCCGUCAGCUAUCCCUUCAAGCAGUCCUACUUCCUUACCUUCAUCACUGCCAACAGUGAAACCAGGGAACCCUUCUGCCAGCCCGACAACUACACCCCCUUCUGAGAAUCCAUCUGGAUUCCCUUCAUUGUCUCCAUCAGAAAUCCCUUCAUUGGCGCCAUCUGCCACUCCAUCUUUGACACCCACAAGAACCCUUUCAUCACCCCCAACAGCCACACCUGGCAAUCCCUCAGCCAACCCAACCCGGAUGCCCACACCAGAGCCCACAGGAGUCCCUUCUGCUUCGCCUUCAGAAAUUCCAACAAUCCGGCCAACACAAGCACCAACCAGCUCUCCAACAGGAUGUGGCUUCAUCACAACAGAGGAAUUUUUUUACCUCAGCUUAACUGGUGGUACAUCCUCUUUAUCAGACUCGGACAUCACACAGGCAUUUGGAAGAGCAUAUGAAGUCGUGGACAAGAAUGCAUGCUCCGCUGUUCUGCUGAGGGCUCAUGUUCAGAGGAGAAUUUCUGCUUCAAGAAGACGCUUGCAGGGGAUCCCUCCCGAGCAAGCUGUCAUCCUUGUGACCAACAAUGCCACUGAGACAGAGCCAUUUCUCCCAACAGUUGGGCAGCGAGCUGCAUUUGUUUUGGCAUUCAAUGUUGCUACUGCAGGUAGCGGUGUUGCUGCCACAGACAUAUCAAGAGAAACACUAGCCCCCUCGUCCUCACCUAGUGCACUGAGCCAACCCCCACUCCAAGCGACCAUCCUAGCAUUUUCCCAAGUUCAUCCCCAAGUGGCAACCCCUCAAAUUCUGAACCAAGUGAUUCUCCGAGCUUCACCCCCAGUGUUUCUCCAAGCUCUCUUCCAAGCACAUCUCCGAGCUCUCUGCCAAGCACAUUUCCGAGCACACCUCCAAGCACCUCUCCAAGUGCUUCCCCAACCUCAGCCCCUAGCAACAGCCCUAGUGUAUCCCAACCAAGCCGCAGCCCCAGCAACAGACCAACUGCAUCUGUGCCAACACGCAAACCAACUGCUUCUCCAAGCACUUCUUCGAGCCUUACCCCAAGCAACAGCCCCAGCUUCUCUCCAAUAUCCGUUCCAAGCACAAGUCCUAGCGCUCCCCCAACCCCUGAGCCUGAACCUAGUUCCACCCCCAGUGUUGUACCAGUCUCUGCCACCCCUAGCUCCACCCCCAGCACCAGUCCUGCCACCCCCAAUCCCCAAACCCAGCUCAACCCCCAGUGGUGCUCCAAGCACCACUCCUAGCAAAAUGCCAACCACCCCUGAACCUAGUUUCACCACCAGUGUUUUGCCAAGUUCAAACCCCAGCGGAGCGCCUAGCAACAUCCCAGCCACCCCUGAACCUAGUGCCACCCCCAGUUUCGCACCAAGCACAAACCCAAGCUCAACCCGUAGCAGCGUUCCAACCAUUCCUGAACCUAGUUCCACCCCCAGUGUUUUGGGAAGUUCAAACCCCAGCUCCCCUCCUGUCAACAUCCCAACCAUCCCUGAACCUAGUUCCAGCCCCAGUGUUUUGCCAAGCUCGAACCCCAGCCCAGCUCCUAGCAACACCCCAACCAUCCCUGAACCUAGUUCCAGCCCCAGUGUUUUGCCAAGCUCGAACCCCAGCCCAGCUCCUAGCAACACCCCAAGCAUCCCCGAACCUAGUACCACCCCCAGUUUGCACCAAGCUUAA